UAUAUUAUUAGCGCAGCCUCCUUGUUCCCCCUCCCCUGCGCUCUUUGUCUCUCUGAUGGUUAUCAGAUACAGGCGGAGGAGACCACGUGCAAACCUGAACCUCAGCUGCAUUUCCCGCAAGCUGCAGCGCCACAUCACCCACCUCCAGGAACAGGAAUGGGACGCUUACAUUUUGGGCUUUGUUGAAUUGCAUUAUGCAGCUUGAGAGCCAGGAAGUGGCAAAGCUGUACCAGACAGAGUUCAUCCGGAAUGCCCGAGCAGUGGGUGUUCUGUGGGCUGUGUGCACCCUUUGCUUUGCGGUGAUUGAAGUUGUCAUCCUCAUUCAGCCAUCAUGGGUGGCCACUGGAGAGCUCCAUUACAGGCCAGAGCAGUUCAAAAGCCCAGAGCAGAUGCCACAGUCAGGUUACUUUGGUCUGUAUGAGAUCUGCAUAGAAACUGACUGGAUGGUACCAGAAUGCAAAGGUUCACUGUCCUCCCUCUCACCCAUCCCGGCCUUCAAGACCGCGGCCGUCUUCGUCUGUAUGUCACUUGUAAUGGUGUGGACCAACGUUGGCUGUCUGGUUCUUUUCCGAUUUUGUAAUUCAGCCACCAUCUACAAGGUCUGUGCGUGGCUGCAGCUGUCAGCAGGGUUUUGCUUGGCUGUGGCAUGCCUAGUUUUCCCAGACAGCUUAGACACCCCCGAGGUACACACACUGUGUGGAAAUGGGGUUGGCAGCUUCUCCUUGGGCCGCUGUUCUGUGCACUGGGCCUUUGUCCUGGCUAUACUAGGAGUGCUGGAUGCCUUCAUACUAUCUACUCUGGCUUUUGUUUUGGGAAAUCGGCAAGAUGCUCUUCUUCCACAGGACUUCAAUCCCCAUGCCAAAGAUUUGCCUGAAACCUAGAGGAGAUGUGGUUGCACCAGGAUUUCUAGAGAACAGAUUGGACACCGAUGAAAACAAAACAGCCUCAAUAUCUCAGCCCCGUUCCCAGAUCUCAGCAGCAUUGGGAGAAAAAAAAUCUCUA